CAUGAUUCAAGUCCUUUCAGAUUGAUGAAUCGACAGGACUGACACCCUCUGCACUGGCCAGAGCAUCCUGGAAGCGAAUACGAGAGAAGACUCCUUUCACUGGCCCUCUCUACUCCCUCUUCCGUGAAUUCCUUCAGCUGAGGAGCCAGCUAUCGUAUCCUGUUCCAACAUCAGACUCCCACUAUCCACAUGGCCAUACUCGAACUCUACCCUACUGGACAAAACGGACACCACUGUCUCUAGCACAUGACCGAGCGGCCCAGGCAGCUCCCCCAACCAUGUGAGAGCCUGCCUCGUGUCGUCGGCCGUCUCGCUUCUUAGGUUGAGGCUCUGGUGCUGCUAGUUGAGUCAGCCCUACAGGGCGGAUAGCACCACGCAGCACUGCCAUGACACAAUUCUUAGCUCUCACAAGCAAUUUGCUUGGUAAGGCUUGUCGAUAAAAUGCUCUAUUCGCUUGGGGGGAAGCUUGGACUUGUAUGAAUCAGACAAGGGAGCUGCUCUACCACUACCUUGGCCUUUGGGGAAUGAACCGCUCAAUUGUGCCUCACAGAGAAGUGAUCGAAGCCAGUUACUGUGGGAGUCGCAGAGACGAUAAGGCAGCAAAAGUGGUCAAUGGACUCGCUUGUGAAAAUACAGCGCCCUCAAGCUGCGCCGUCAAGGUUCAAGCAGGCAAACGCACCACCCUCAGCAGCCAGCUGCUGAUAGGCGACACCUGCCGCUGUUUUACGAAAGUGCAAAAGUAUGUUCCCAGCGAUGCCUAUUCAGUCGUGGACUUUUGUCACGCCUCCUUGCCUCGAUGCACCCAGCGCUCAAAGUCAUUUCAAUGAACCAGAGCUAGGCCCUAUCGUCCCUUCAUGUUUGGCUUUGCACCAGCAAGAUUCCAAGCAUCCAGUCCUGUUUUCAUUCUUGGGUGCCGCCGAAGCCGGCGAGAGGAGGCGCUAUGCAAAGUUCUGUGUCUAUACCUGCCGGAAGUGGAGUCGGUCGAUUCUGUUGCAGCGGCUGAAGUUUGUCCGUUCUACCACCCUGCUCAGGAUGCCGCCUCCUCGAGGCAGAGGUGGAAAAUAGAUAUAUAGCUCGCCCGUGCACUGCACUCGUCCUC